AAUGCGUGCGAGACGGAUCGCCGUCGUUUGUGUCGUCGUGGAACGGUUAUAGCAAGAGAGAUUCACGGUCGUGUGGCGCGCUGUUAGUGCCACAAAUCAAACAUCAGCAUCAGCCACACACCACCUGGUAACGGAUUGCGGUCAGGGGGAGUCACAGCAGGCCACUUAUGGUGCCAUCUUCCUCACGUUUUCGCGUUUCUUGGCUGCGUAUCUCGGUGUGUACUGUACCGUGCGCGAAAGGUGAAACCCCCCUCCCCAUCCGGCAGGCCGCUGGAGUAGGCACCUGGAAUCGGAAAUGGGUCCCCUUCUGUGUCGUGCGUUGUGCGUGUGAAGAAAAGAGAUAGCUGGAAAGAAACGAGCUCCCUCGUGGGAUUCGUGGGGUGUUUUACGUGUCACUUUACGCCAGCUCUGGGGAGCAGCGGGCCACAAAACGGGUUGUGAACGGCGGAGGCAGCGGUGUUGGUGGUGUGAAAGUGCGAAACAGAGUAACGACGACCAACAAAGUAACCCAGAUUAUUGAGGUCUUCCUCUCUCCGAAAGAUCACAGCAGGCUCCACACUGGAGCCCCACCGUCAAACGAGUGCUGUCCAGAAUCUGGCAUCCAAGUGUGUGUAUGCGUGUGUAUGUGUGUGAAUGCAGCAGGUGAGCGGCGGUGGUUGACCGCAGCAUCCUGCCCCACGAAAAGCUCCCCAUCGCUGCAUCAGCAACAGUAUCUUAUGUUGUUUUGUUCUCGCCACGCAAUCCGGAACGACGGCGCAUUCUCAUCGGUGAUCGUGUCGUGUAGCUCCCCUCUCAACACACCAUCACCGGAUCCAUGCGCGUGUUCUGGAGAGGUCGAUCGGCCUCGGUGUUAGUUUUUUUUGUUUAUCCGCGCAUUAGCGAGUAGCUGCUCACCUGCUUUUCGUCGCGCUUCUUCAAACGUGUUGACUCCGUUGGCCGUAGAUCGCAGAUGUUCGUGCCACUUGACCAACAUCACUGCAUUGUCUGUUGUCCCUGAGUAAGCGAGAAACACCAAAGCGCCAAGCGAAGGACUCGAGCACAAAAAAUCUAGGUUUAAGUGGGCGAGGACUUCAAGUGUAAUCAACGCCGAUCGUGGAUCGUGAUAGCAGAGAAGCAUCGUGCCUCGGGAGGCAGGAUAAAUGCAUUUUUAGAAAGGAAAAAAAAAGCAGGAAGAAUUCCACAGAUACCCCAACACACAUAGAUACACACAAACACACUGACCGCCACCCAACGCCACAAUGGGGGACAGUACAAUGGGCUCGGUGAGCUUCCUCCAUCUCGGAGACAUCGUAUCCCUCUACUCGGAGGGCAGUGUGUCCGGAUUUCUCAGUACACUCGGCCUCGUCGAUGACCGUGUGGUCGUGUGUCCCGGGGCGGGCGAUCUCAACGAUCCGCCGGAAAAGUUUCGCGAUUGUCUCAUCAAAAUCUGCCCAAUGAACCGCUACUCGGCCCAGAAGCAGUUCUGGAAGGCGGCCAAACAGAGCACCACAACGAACACCGACACGAGUUUGCUGAAGCGGUUACACCAUGCAGCCGAGAUUGAGAAGAAGCAGAAUGAGUCGGAAAACAAAAAGCUGCUCGGUACGGUCGUACAGUAUGGUAGCGUGGUGCAGUUGCUGCAUCUCAAAUCGAACAAGUACGUUACGGUCAACAUCCGGUUGCCGGCCCUGCUGGAGAAGAACGCGAUGCGCGUCUACCUGGAUGCGAACGGUAACGAGGGCUCCUGGUUCUACAUCAUGCCGUUCUACAAGCUGCGCUCGGCCGGCGACAACGUAGUGGUGAGCGAUAAGGUCAUCCUGAAGCCCGUCAAUGCCAACCGCCAGAAUCUGCACGUGGCGGCCACGUACGAGCUGCCGGACAACCCGGGCAGCAAAGAGGUGAACGUACUGAACUCGUCCACCUCCUGGAAGAUCACGCUGUUUAUGGAGCAGCGCGAAAACCAGGAGGACGUGCUGAAGGGGGGCGAUGUGGUGCGGUUGUUUCACGCCGAACAGGAAAAGUUCCUCACGAUGGACGAAUACAAGAAGCAUCAGCACGUGUUCCUGCGGACGACCGGACGGAGCAGUGCGACGGCCGCCACCAGCAGCAAGGCCCUGUGGGAGGUCGAGGUGGUACAGCACGAUAGUUGCCGCGGUGGUGCCGGCCACUGGAACUCUCUGUUUCGCUUCAAGCAUCUCGCCACCGGGUACUAUCUGGCGGCCGAGAUCGAUGAGGACAUUUCGCGCACGGAAAAGUCAAGCAGCUCGAGCCAUCCGGCCGGUGGUGACUCGUUUCGCCUCGUGCCAGUUCCACACUCUACCGACAUUGCAUCCGUCUUUGAGCUAGACUCGACGACGAUUACGCGACCGGAGGGUUUGGUGCCGCAAUCGAGCUACGUCCGGUUGCGACACCUAUGCUCCAACACUUGGGUUCACGCGACCUCCGUACCAAUCGAUAUCGACGAUGAUAAACCGGUCAUGUCGAAGGUCGGCUGUUCGGCGAUCAAAGAGGACAAGGAAGC